AGAUUUUAAAAUCAACAUUAAAAAAUACAUCAGGAAAAAUUAGUCACGAAGUGUUCUGAAAAUAGGCAACUUUUAACAUCCUCCUUAUGAAUACUACUAGCACCACAAAUGUUAUUAUUCGGCAAAAAUCUUAUUUUAUUUAUUGUAGUUUCUUUUUUACUCUUCGCUUAGUAAGGAACCAUCGUUACCUCUAGUUUUGCCAAUUGUAAAUUGAGUUUCCAUUAAUGUUGUAUACGUAAAAAUUUCAACUAACAAUAUUGAUUGUGAAUCGUUUAAUAUGGUUGUGAUUAAGUCAAUUAAAGAGGACAGUUCAAAAAUUCUAUCUCUAGCUUACAAGGAUAGAGAAAAUGGCGAUUUAGUUAUUAUCAACAAAGGUAAAAGAUAUAAAGUUCAUAAAACUAUUUUUCACUACGCCAUACCUCAUUUUGCUAAGAUGUUUGCGUCUGGAAUGAAGGAAGCUACCAGUAAAGAGGUAAUACUUGACCAUCCGAUUGAAUCAUUUGAGAUUAUCAUUGAUUGGGCCUAUUGUCAACCGAUAGAGAUUACCGAUGAAAAUGUUCGCGAAUUAUACCAUCUAGCUGACUACUUUAAUAUACCUGAUUUGGCCCUUGAAUGUUUAAUGAUUUUAUUAGACUGUUUUUCUGAUCAACCGAUGCUCGAGAUAGAUUAUUGGAGGACCCAGGUCGGUGUAAUUGACAUUGGUAAAAUUAUUGACAGGUACAUUUGUUUAAAUUUUCGUAAGAUUAUAUCAACUUCAAAGUUCCUCACUUAUGAUGUUGAUACAGUUGACUACAUAGUAAGUUGCAAUAAAUUGGAUAUUGACAAGGAAAUUGAAGUGUUUGAUGCUAUUAUGAUGUGGAUUUACGGGAAUAUCGAGAAAAACCUUGUCCAUCUACCCAGGUUGCUCACCAAACUACACUGGUACUCUAUCACCCAUACAGAAUUUAUAGACAAAAUUGCCUCUAAUUCAUGUAUCAAAGGGAAUAAAGAUUGUCAUGCUAUCAUCAUGUCUGCCUUUGGAUUGAUUCACCUUGGUUCAUCUGAUUCGGCUAUAUCGCAAAAUUUAAAACUCGAACCUCGUGACUUUCACGGUAGCCCUACACGUUUAUUUUUCUUGACAGAUGUAUCUGAGUCCAAAAAGAAAGUCGAAUGGUUAGAUGACUUUGGAGGUGUACAAGAAAUCUGUAUACUCGACUAUGACCCUACACUGGUUGCUCGAAGGCUGCAACAUGCCCACAUUUCUGAGCAUUGUUUUUCUGAUUAUAUCGUUCAAAUAGACUGGAAACGCCGCCGGUGGAACCAUUUUAAAAAUGAUGAACUGAUAAUUACUAAAUUGUUUGAGCAUGUAAUUACAUUUGAAAAAAUUCCAGAAGGCAAAGUUUGUUUGAAAAAAGGACCACGAACUAUUGAGCUCGCGCCCGUUGCAUUGAUUGAACACAUUGAUCAUGAUGGGCUUGAAAUAAGAUCGGUUACUCAAUAUAAAAGUUGGUUUUACACAAUCGCAAAAUCUUUUUGGUCAAAACAUAAAAUAGUUGUAGAGGAAUUUCACCCCAUGGAAAAUAUUUGGAAAUUAGUAUCAAAUGAUAUUUCUGCCGAAUACCAACAUUACGAAGAGCAUGGACGUAACAAGAACAAACAUUUAGCUUUCGGCGACUAUCUAAUUCUGUUUCUGGAUGAUUCUUGUUCCAUUUAUGAUAUUAAUUCCAAGGAGUGGAGUCAUCAACAAAAUCCGAUACGUGGUUCAACGUCGAAUACGGUAUUUUGUGUUCAUCAAUCAAAAUUACUAGCAUAUGACUUUUGUCAACACAUUCUACGUGAAUUUACAAUCGCUUCUGGUGAGCUUGUCAGUUUAAGUGAAAGAAAGAUCAAAGACGGUCCAAAAUCUUCGGAAAUAUUUUCAGCAUCACGUGAAUUUUUGAAGUACUCGCAUGAAACAUGAUAAGUUAAAUCGAUCUGAAAUAUUGAAAAUAAUCUCAAAAACAUUGCAGAAAUUGAAAAAUACACAGGCUUUGAAGGCAUUUUUUCAUAUAAUUGUAAUGUGAAUAAUGUACUCGUUAAAUAAAUUGUUGUGGUGCUCAAUUCAAAUCAUUUCAAAAAUUCAUUAGUUUAUACUGUCAACUAAUCU